CGGAUUCAGUCAUAGUCAGCCCCCAAAGUACACGCUCCCCCUCUCUCUCUCUCUCUCUCUCUCCCAGUCAAAAUCAUCACCAACCCCACUUUGUAUAUGCUCGGAUUUGUAGGUUCUUGUUUUCAAACUCCCUCUCAUCUUCCUUCUGAACCACUCUCUAUGUUCUUCUCAUCGCCAAAUCAAAUCUCUCUGCUUCAUCUACUUCCUCCCCAGAAUUUGCCCCGGGAUGUUUAUAGUUUUUGGAUGAUAUCUUCAUCAUCCAUCAUUCAUCGAUUGAGUUAGAGGUACCCAAAGGACAUUGAGUUAUGUUAUAUUCCUUUGAUUUUCUAAUUGUGGUUUGAGGCACUAUUCGUUCACAGUUUCAGUAAUAAAUCAUUGCUGAUUCUCCAGAAUUGAAGUGUUUGUGUGUUCAUAUAUAACAUAAAUUGUAGUGAGAAUUUAUACUUGGAAUUCAGAUUUGAAUUUAUUUACUGCAAACUGGAAAGACAUGGCAAGAGGCAGAGAAGACUAUGAGAAGAACCCGGGUUUGCUCAAACUCUUGCAGACUCUCUCAUUCUUGAUAGUUUUUGUUAUGGGGGUCGUUAUAGGAUUAGCAACGAGGGCGCAUAUGAGCCGGUAUUUUGGUUCCCAAACUGAGAACUAUUCGUUUAUCAAUCACCUCUCUGCCAAUAUGCCGCACGAGGAGAAGACUUGUACAAUUGUGCCAGUUAGUGACAAGGUUGAUUGCAUGAGCAUGGAGACGUUUCUUCAGCCGAAGAAUUUGACACACGGUCUGUCUGAUGAUGAGCUUUUUUGGAGAGCUUCAAUGGUGCCGAGAAAGCGAGAGUUUCCAUUCGAGAGAGUGCCUAAAGUGGCUUUCAUGUUUUUGACUAGAGGACCUUUGCCCUUGCUGCCAUUGUGGGAGAGGUUCUUUCAGGGCCAUGACAAGUAUUUCUCAAUUUACGUCCACGUAAUUCCGGGUUAUAAGCUCAAUGUAUCUACCACCUCUCCUUUUUAUCUACGCCAAAUCCCCAGUCAGCCGGUUUCAUGGGGGACAGUAACGUUGCUUGAUGCAGAGAGGCGCCUUCUAGCGAAUGCCUUGCUUGACUUCUCAAAUGAGCGCUUUGUUCUUCUCUCGGAGAGCUGCAUCCCGAUCUAUAAUUUCACUACGGUCUACGAGUAUCUCGUUGGUUCAAACCAUAGCUAUGUCGAGUCAUACGAUGAUCCUGGGCGUUAUGGCCGCGGGCGUUACAGGCGCAAAAUGUUUCCCGAUAUUAAACUGCAUCAGUGGAGGAAAGGGUCGCAGUGGUUUGAACUUAGCCGUGCGUUAUCUGUAUAUAUAGUUUCGGAAACAAAGUAUUACACGAUCUUCAGCAACUAUUGUUUGCCUGCAUGCUACCCGGAUGAGCAUUACCUGCCUACUUACAUCAACAUGCUCCAAGGGUCGCUGAAUUCGAAUCGGACUGUGACGUGGGUUGACUGGUCACUGCGAGGUCCGCACCCUGCAACGUACGGAGGAGACAACAUUACAGAAGAUUUCAUGCAGUCGAUAAGGAACAAUGGAGAGCCGUGUCAGUACAAUGCGGAGAUGACAUCCAUAUGUUACCUAUUUGCUCGGAAGUUUGCACCAACCGCAUUGGAGCCUCUGCUCAAGCUCGCCGCGGCGGUGAUGGAAUAUUGAGAAUUUCCGGCUUUUUCAGCGGAGAAUUUUGGUAGGACUCGAGUCGAUUUUGUCCCAAAUGCAAAAAUGUACAGGCAGGUAGUUUUGGAUAUUGAGAAAUUAUCGAGUUGGUUCUCUCCGUCAUUGAGUUGGGAGGAUGAAUUGGUUCUCAAAAUUCGGAAGGAAAUCAUCAAUAUUAUACAAAAGUUAAAUAUAAAUGUAUUUGGCUUGAAUUUUCUCCAAUGCACAUUAAUUGCGUAUUUAAGUUACACAA